GUGGCCGGGGCGGGGCUCGUCCUUGUACUCCAUCUCCCAUAGGGCAUUGCUUUCCGCGCGUCGGGAUAUCCGGGGAGCUGACUUCCGGCGGCUUGUGGGAGUGUGCGCCACCGCUGCUUCCGUCCUCCUUGCGAGUGCGUAGAUGGUUGCCUUGGUUACGGGUUCUAACGGUCCUCUACCCUAAAAUUCCUUGUUGGGGCCCUGCAACCUUGAGCUUCCGACUGGAGACGUCUGAGGUCCCUCUAAGUGUCUGCAUUGGCGGCUGGUCAGGCCUUGAGUGUGGAGUAAUUGACGCUUUCGAGAAUAUUAAAAUCAAUUUGGUGAAGAAAACUGAUCCAUAAUAACAAAAAUGUCUCGAAAAAUUUCAAAGGAGUCAAAAAAAGUGAACAUCUCUAGUUCUCUGGAAUCUGAAGAUAUUAGUUUAGAAACAACAGUUCCUACGGAUGAUAUUUCCUCAUCAGAAGAGCGAGAGGGUAAAGUCAAAAUCACCAGGCAGCUAAUUGAACGAAAAGAAUUGCUUCAUAAUAUUCAGUUACUAAAAAUUGAGCUAUCCCAGAAAAAUAUGAUGAUCGACAAUUUGAAAGUGGAAUAUCUUACAAAGAUUGAAGAAUUGGAGGAGAAACUUAAUGAUGCACUUCACCAGAAGCAGCUGCUGUCAUUGAGAUUAGACAACCAAUUGACUUUUCAACAGAAAGAUGCCAGCAAAUAUCAAGAAUUAAUGAAACAAGAAAUGGAAACCAUUUUAUUGAGACAGAAACAACUAGAAGAGACUAAUCUUCAGCUAAGAGAAAAAGCUGGAGAUGUUCGUCGAAACCUGCGUGACUUUGAGUUGACAGAAGAGCAGUAUACUAAAUUAAAAGCUUUUCCUGAAGAUCAGCUUUCUAUUCCUGAAUAUGUAUCUGUUCGGUUCUAUGAACUAGUGAAUCCAUUAAAAAAGGAAAUCUGUGAACUGCAAGUGAAAAGGAACAUCCUAGCAGAAGAAUUAAGUGCAAACAAAGACCAACUGAAGCAGCUGACAGAGACAUAUGAGGAAGAUCGAAAAAACUACUCAGAAGUUCAAAUUAGAUGUCAACGUUUGGCCUUAGAAUUAGCAGACACAAAACAGUUAAUUCAGCAAGGUGACUACCGUCAAGAAAACUAUGAUAAAGUCAAGAGUGAACGUGAUGCAUUUGAACAAGAAGUAAUUGAGCUUAGGAGAAAACAUGAAAUACUUGAAGCCUCUCACAUAAUUCAAACAAGAGAAAGAAGUGAAUUAUCAAAAGAGGUGGCCACCUUACAGCAGACUGUUACUUUACUGCAAAAGGAUAAAGAAUAUCUCAAUCGCCAAAACAUGGAGCUUAGUGUUCGCUGUGCCCAUGAAGAGGAUCGACUUGAAAGACUUCAAACUCAACUUGAAGAAACCAAAAAGGCUAGAGAAGAGAUGUAUGAAAAAUACGUAACAUCCAGAGACCAUUAUAAAACAGAAUAUGAAAAUAAACUACAUGAUGAACUAGAACAAAUCAGAUUGAAAACCAACCAAGAGAUUGAUCAACUUCGAAAUGCUUCCAGGGAAAUGUAUGAACGAGAAAACAGAAAUCUCCGAGAAGCAAGGGAUAAUGCUGUGGCUGAAAAGGAACGAGCAAUGAUGGCUGAAAAGGAUGCUUUAGAAAAACAUGAUCAGCUCUUAGACAGGUACAGAGAACUACAGCUUAGUACCGAAAGCAAAGUAACAGAAUUUCUCCAUCAAAUUAAGUUAAAAUCUUUUGAAAGUGAGCGUGUUCAACUUCUACAAGAGGAAACGGCAAGAAAUCUCACACAGUGUCAAUUGGAAUGUGAAAAAUAUCAGAAAAAAUUGGAGGUUUUAACCAAAGAAUUUUAUAGUCUCCAGGCCUCUUCUGAAAAACGCAUUACAGAACUUCAAGCACAGAACUCAGAACAUCAAGCAAGGCUAGACAUUUAUGAGAAACUGGAAAAAGAACUUGAUGAAAUAAUAAUGCAGACUGCAGAAAUUGAAAAUGAAGAUGAGGCGGAAAGAGUUCUUUUUUCCUAUGGCUAUGGUGCUAAUGUUCCCACAACAGCCAAAAGACGACUAAAGCAAAGUGUUCACUUGGCAAGAAGAGUCCUUCAAUUAGAGAAGCAAAACUCUCUGAUUUUAAAAGACCUGGAACAUCGAAAGGACCAAGUGACACAGCUUUCACAAGAGCUUGACAGAGCCCAUUCGUUAUUAAACCAGACUCAACAGCCCUACAGGUAUCUCAUUGAAUCAGUGCGUCAGAGAGAUUCUAAGAUUGAUUCGCUCAUGGAAUCUAUUGCACAAUUUGAGAAGGAUGUCAGCAACUUAAAUAAAGAAAAGUCUGCUUUACUACAGAUGAAGAAUCAAAUGGCAUUAGAUUUAGAACAACUUCUAAAUCAUCGUGAGGAAUUGGCAGCAAUGAAACAGAUUCUCGUUAAGAUGCGUAGCAAACAUUCUGAGAACAGAUUACUUCUCACUAAAACAGAAUCAAAAAAUGUGACAGAAAAUCAGAAAUCAAAGACUUUGAAUAUGCCUAAAGAGCAUGGAGACAAUAUAUUUAUACCUAAACCAACACUCUUUACUAAAAAAGAAGCACCUGAGUGGUCUAAGAAACAAAAGAUGAAGACCUAGUGUUCUGGAUGGGAAGCACCUGUAGACCAUUAUUUACUCCUGAAGUUCUCUUUCUAAUGGAACACAAAAUUCAUCUUAAUCAUGUACUCAGCAUUUUUUAAAUAACUAUGUUUAUUUGACUAAUGUUAAAUUAACAAGUUUAGUAUAAUCAAAAUGUAUAAAAAACAAACAAUAUACUUUAUUUUUUUUAUAUUUUGUUAAAAAAUAAAUAUAUAUGCUAUGGCUUAAAUUUUGGAGCUUUCAUAAAUGUUCAAUGAAUUUUAA